GCGACACGAGCUUUGCCUCCUUCCCGAUUUCAAGGACGAUGUAUUCUGUGCGUCGUUCGUCAUUAGAACCUUAAGUUUUUCUAAUUCUCUUGAAACCUAAGUAGACUUGGGUAAAUUACAAGUUAAGUGCUUGUAAACAAGAGCAUUGUGCUUGUCAAGAUCGCAGAAUGCGAGUUGGCCGAUGUUAGGAGGUGAGUGAAACUGACAUUUGAGUUGUACGGUGUACUGUGACGUUUUCUCGAAAUUGGUUGGCGUGUAGCUAAAGUUGAGGCUUUUACUUUUCCGUAAAGGUCUGGCUCUACGUGCAUCGUGUCUUUUCGCAAAUAAAAAUCAUAGUUAUUUUUCUAAUUGCUCUUGUAUUGCAUAUAGUUGAUCCGAAAUUCUUGUCCAAGUGCAUGGUGUUUCUGCAAACCACCUGUAGCUAGCCUUGGUAUCGAAAAAACAAAAUUUAAGCGAGGAAAAUGACGUUUUUCCUCUCUGUUCUCUUGUGAUCGUGACUGCCUUCCUUUGAAAAGAUCUUUCUAUUGUAAAGAAGGGAUUAGCGACGUAAUCAGCCGACACGUACAUACUCGUGUACAUGUAUUUGGAAGUUACUGCUUGAGUCGACCGGCUAGUUCCUCCGACGGUUUUUAGGUGACGCGUUUCUUGUACUGAAGAUAACCGUACUUUUGGUAAAAUUUCUGCACGUGCGAACACAUUGCAUUUGUAUGCAUUACUUUCAUUCUUUUCCUCGUGAAUUAUCAGCGAUUUAGCAAAGGGAACGUUGUUGUAAUAAUAAUGAUAAUUCUAGCUUGAACAGUUGACAUUUUAUUGGUUUUAUCCAUUACAGCUUGCAACAUUACUGAGUAGCACCAUGGUGAUGAAGAAGAUUUGUUUUAGGGAUAUUGCAUUGAGCUGGAUUCCUGUGUGACAACAAAAAGAAUGGUAGAGUACAAGAUACCGAGUGACUUGACCUCGCCCAUUAUGGCAAAUGCAGUCCAUUUGAAAGAUUCUGUAUUCUAUGCCAGUGGUGAUGAAUCAAUCUUUCCUGCCAGUACAGCAUACAGUGAAUGUGACUCAUCAUCUGAUAUGACAUCGGUACUGCUUACUGCACGAUCUACCAACUCGACAAAUCUUUUAGAAGAAAACGUAGCUGACAUCUCAGUUAAUGACACUACUGCAAGGCAAAUUGACCUUAAGGAAGAUCUGUCCACAAACAGUGCCUUGAUUCCAGGGAAUCGCAGUAAGAGAGUGAGCCCUCAGCUGACAAAUUUCUUCUCUGAGCAGAGUAGCACUGUGUUUAUGCCAAUACCCGCCGAGAGUGCUAACAGUGUCACUUCACCAAGAUCAACCCCAAGCCCAGGAAUUAGUAAGAUGCUUCGUAGCUUAUCUGAUCAUCCAUCUGAACGACCCUGCACUCCAAAUGCAUCAACCUUGUAUAAGAACACUCUCACACACUGUAAUCCUUCAGAACUUGGACAGCUAACGUAUGAUGAAUGUAUGGUAAGUGAAUGGAAUCCUGAAAAGAAAAAAGGGCUUUUUCUAAAAAGGGUUACUAGCCCCUUGAGAGAAGGGAUGGGAAUUGCGAGAAAAAAAGGAAAGAAUUGAGAGAAAUGGCUGGGAGUGGUAACUGGAGGAAUGGGAAAAGGAUCUGAGAAAUGGACUGUUGGGUGGAGAGAAUAGGAUGCUAGGAAUUGGGUGAAAGAGGGUGGGAACAUAGGUAAAAGUUUAUGGAAAUUAACGAACUGGCCUGUGAAGUAAGGGGUAAGGAGUCUGAGAAGAAGACUCUUCUUCUCAGAAGAAGUGAGAAGGAGGUUGGAUCAUUAAUUUGCCUUUUUUUUUUUCGAAGCAUAUACAAUUCUCAAACUUGGGAAGGUUGAGCAGGGAGAGGGCUUUUAACUGUCAUAUGUAAAAGGUUUUGUGAAGGAUUUCUUCUGUAAUUCCCACCAAAGUAGAGAGAGAUCAUACACUUGUCAUACACUUGUAUUUAUUAACCCCAGUCUACAGUCUGGUCCUUUUUGUUCAAAAGGUGGAUAAUGCUAUCCAUAAAUAGAGAUAUUGGUUUAUUGGUUUCACUAAUACAUAUCCACUGGAUAUUGAUUUAUCCUGUGGAUAGCACUAUCCAACAUUUGAACUACCGGGGCACUUUUGCUGAAAUAUAAGCCUGUUUGCCUUUUUUUGUGAAGCUCACUGUUUGUAAAAUUGUUUCUUCAACAAUGCACAGUUCUUCACCCAAUGGGCCAACUCCUUUCUUCAGCACAGUCAAGAUAAGUUCUUAAUCACAGACAUAGCAAGAGACUUGGGAGAUGGGAUCACCUUACUAAGUUUGGUGGAAAUGUUAGGUGAGUAAAUCUCAGUUGCAGUAGAGUAAAGAAGUGUGUCAUGACAUCACAAGAACAAAAUUUGUGAAAUUGUUGGAUUGGUUGGCAUAUCUAGAUAGAACAAGAUGAAUAAUCCCCCACCCACCCCUGCUAAAAAUCUGCCCGUUAGUAAUUAGAUUGGUGGGAAAAUAUAAGUACUGUUAUGCUUCAAUGACUUCAUACAAAUCCUUCUAAACAUUUAUGAAGGGGUGGGUGGGUGGACCCAUGCUCGCCUCUCUAAAUCCACCCAUGAUGAGCUUACUGUGAUCAAUAUUGUGCCUCUCCAUCCCUGCGUUCAUUUUUAUUUGUAACACUCUAUAAGGAUUUGUCUACACUGCGCAAUCUUUACAUUACCAGCUACAAGGUAAUCUGAGGUGUGCAGAGCUCAAAGGUUACUGCUUUUCUUAUUUUUGUUUUCAUUUUGUUUUGUUUUCUUGUUUUGUUUUUUUUAAUUUUGCAACACAGUUGGAGAGUAUCCUCCUCAGAUCCACAUCAAACCAGCUCUGGAUGUUCAGAAAAUGGAGAAUGUACAGACCUGCCUUAAUUUUUUAGAGUAUUACAAUGUGUCAGUUAAUGACAUUACUGCAGAAGGUAAAAAAAAUUCCAGUUUUCUUAUCUUCCAAAACGCUCUCUCUAUUUGUAGCUUUUAUUUCAGUGGUUUGGGAGUUUUGGGAGUUUUCCUUUGCAAAUUAAAAGUUAGGCCAACAUUUGAGAGAAAGUGAGUUUAAAAAGAAAUCUCCUUCAUGGUCCAAAGUGUGCUAUGGAGAGAAAUUGUGGUUGAUGAUCGUGGAAUUUCCAUCUGCAAUUUCUGCUGGAAUUCCUGCCCCGCAUUUCGUUACCUAUUUUAAUACCUAUACCAUGUCAAGGCAUCUCUUUUGAACAGACCCAUUUGGUUUUUCCUAUUCUGUGAACCAAAUCAUCCCAGAUAAAGUCACUUGACACUUAUACAAUAUUUCUGAUUCAAGUGUUUGUUUUAUUUCAGACAUUGUCAAAGGAAAUCUUAAGGUUGUUUUAGCCUUGUGUCACUGUCUCUAUAGACAUUUUGGUUCUAGUCGAGGUAAUUGCAGUCCUGGCAAUAUGCUUUAAUCCUGAAAUGUUCAGUGUUUUCCGUGCCCCUUUUAUACAUUUUCAAAACUGUAUCUAUUUUCAUUGUGGCAGAAAAUCAUCAAGUUCACCAUGUUACAGAGGAAGGUCAUUUGGCCGCACUGUUUGGCUGGGUAUCAUGGAUGACUGGCAAACAAGUCACAGAUUUUCAGAGGUAAAGUAUAAAUAAAGGGUGACAAACCUUCCUAUUUAUGCUUAAUAUAAUCAUGGUUAAAUGUCAUGGGACAAAUUUGCAUUUUGGGGGCAUUUUUAAUCACACAUGCCAAACCCUUCCUCCACCCUACAAUUAAACAGCAAUGGACACUUGUAUUCAGAACUUAUUCCAAGUUUCAACCAUGUAUAAGGUGGGGAGGGCGGGGGGAGGGGAGGGAGAACUGUAAGAUAUUAUCCAAAAGGAACCACUGUUUUGUGAGGGCACCCAGAAAUUACAUGUAUAUGUAAUUAUGAAUGUUGUAUUACUGUUCCAAGGACUUUUUGUUCAGGAUUGUAGUUACAUUUAUCAAUGUUCAUCAUAAAACUUCUAAUUUUUCUGAAAGCCUUGUAAUAUUUCCCAAAGGAUACCAAAGCAUUAAAAAUGACUUCUUUUUGAACUGUUAGCUUUUUUAUUUCUUUACUGAUUGACCAAUUUACAUGUUAUCACUAACUGGAAAUUGAUUUCAGUAAUUAGAUUUCUCUCAAUAACGUGAAGAAACCACAGUUUCAUAACAAGCGAGACUCGUUAGUUUUAAUUUAUUUUGUGCAGUCUGUUUGUUGUCUCCGUUUUUUUUUUUUGAAAUUUUUAAUUUCUUUCUGUUGUCAGUUUUCAAGAUGGAACAGUGCUAUGUUUGUUAAUAAACACUCUUUUCGAGGAUGCAGUUCCCAACUUGGUAAGUGAGAUUAAAAAGAUCUAAAAUUGAUGGUUUUCCGAAGGGAUUGUUAGUGGACCAAAAAGCUUACAGUUAGUGCGAAGCGGUAAGCCUUAAUUGCGCAGAGGAAAGUGCACCGACUGCUAAGCGAGAGAAAUUACACAAUAAAUACUAAGCUGCCGAGAAAUAAGCAGUGGCUGCUAAACGCCUAAAAAAAUCCACAAAGGAUACUAAUUGCUGGGGAAAUGCGCAAUGGCUGCUAAACGCCUGUAACACACAACGGAUACUAAGUGCUGGGGAAAUUCGUAGUGGCUGCCAGAUGGUAAAACUACGCAAAGGGUACUUAGCGCUGAGUCAUUGCGCAAUUGCGCUAUGUCUGCUAAAGGUUAAACGCAGUGGAUGCUGUGCGCUGGGAAAAUGCGCAGUGGCUGCUAAACGCGACAAAAACGUAACAGCAGCUAAGUGCUGGGGAAAUGCGUUAAGCGCAGUAGCUGUUAAACGCCAGAAAUUCGCAACGGAUGAUAAGGGCUUUGGAAAUGCGCAGUGGCUGCUUAACGCCAAAAAUACACAACGCUGGGGAAGUGCGCAGUGGGUGCUUAUCUCGAUAAAAACGCAACAGAAGCUAAGUGCUGAGGAAAUGCAAUAAGCGCAGGGCUGCUAAACGCUUUAAAUAGCUGUACGCUGCGAAAAUGUGCAGUGGCUGCUAAACGCGACAGAAACGCAACAGCAGCCAAGUGCUGGGGAAAUGCGUCAAGCGCAGUAGCUGCUAAACGCCAAAAAUUCGCAACGGAUGAUAAGGGCUUUGGAAAUGCGCAGUGGCUGCUUAACACAAAAAAUACGUAACGGAUGCUAAGUGCUGGGGAAAUGCGCAGUGGGUGCCAAACGCGAUAUAAACGCAACGGAAGCUUAUUGCUGGGGAAAUACGCAGUGGCUGUUAACGCCAAUAAUACGCAACGCAUGCUAAUCGCUUUGGAAAUGCGCAGUGGCUGCUUAACACCAAAAAUACGUAAGGAAUGCUAAGUGCUGGGGAAAUGCGCAGUGGGUGCCAAACGCGAUAUAAACGCAACGGAAGCUUAUUGCUGGGGAAAUACGCAGUGGCUGUUAACGCCAAUAAUACGCAACGCAUGCUAAUCGCUGGGGAAAUGCGCUGUGGGUGCUUAACGCUUUAAAUACACAACAGAUGCUAAGCGCUGGGGAAACGCACGAAGAUACGCAACAAAUUCUUAGCGCGAGAAAAUGCGCAGCGGAAGCUAAACGCUGGAAAAGGGCUCGUUCAAGUAAGGAAAUCAUGUCUUGAAUUUGUUCUUACAGAUAUCUUUGUAUGCGUUGUAACAUUGAUUUCAGGUCUUGCAAUUUGGUUCACCUUUCGAAAAAGUCAGUCUUGUACUGCAAGUGUCAUCCGAAAAACUGGGCUUUUUUUCAAACUUAAGAACAGAAGAUAUAACACAGCUGAGGAACAGAGAACAAUUUCAUAACUAUCUAGAAUCACUGUACCUAUUACACUCCAAUAGGACGAAAGGAGUGCUUAAUACGUCAGACCAGACCAACUUAAAACGGGAGAUUAAGAGGCUACAACUUAGAGAACAAAAGCUUAAAGAGCGGCAAGGUUCUGAGUUGACUUAUCUUGGAGAACUGAGUCAAAAUAAAUCCAGUUUUGCAACGGAGAAGCGAGAACGGUCUCAAGAAAUCCCUACAGUGGAUAUAAACAGAACAAAACAACUAGAUGAACUAGAUGUAGUCUCGCCAACAGGGAGUAAUCCAAGGACAAUGUGGCACAACCAAAGUUUGACAGCUAAUACAAAACGAGAACUUGAUGAACUGGAAGAAGAGCUACGGCUUUUAAAACUUGAAUGUAGUGAUAAUAGUUAUGACACCAGAAGAUAUUGGACAGAGCAGCCGGGGCAGUUUUCCUUCAACGCUACUUUUUCGCUUGGCUUACCAACAUCAAAUUUGCCGCGUCAACUGAGGCAAACAAAUAUUAGGCAAGAGCUUAAAAAUUUGCAUCGCGGAAAUCCGGUAAUCGCGCAGUUGGACAAAAGGGCUCAGAAAACUGUUGGAAAUACACAUAGCAAUGUGGAUACUUCUUCAAUGCGUGAUGUACUUAACAGCGACCGUGAAAACGGAAAACUGCCGUUUGGGGGAUGUUAUCUUAGUGAGCCUUCAAAUGGAUUAGAAAAUUCGGAACGAAGGAAUUUAGAUCUUUCAUUUGACGAAAGUUCUGUUUUCACGGAGUAUCCUAUCCUCCCUUCCUUUCCUCUACAAAGGUCGUCUCCACCUUUGGUUAAUUCAAAGAAAGUAAAGCGCAAUGGUCAUGCGCUAAUUCCUGAGCCAUCUUUGGAAACAAAAGAAAUUAGUAACCUGUUUGAUCUCGACUUCUCUGAUUUUGAUGCUAGAAUAAGUCGUGGAGGCGGAGAUUCAGCUAUAAAGCGAAUGGUAAGAGCUGGGAAUCGAUCCAAACUUAACAGCAAUUCAAAUUAUGGGUUAGAUGCUGGUCUUUCUUCAGGUUCGGCUUUAGCAAAUCCAAAGGACAAAGUGGCAAAGUCUGCAAUGGAAAUUCCUCUUACUUCAGAUAAAAGAGAACGCUUUGAUGCGUCUGGCAGAAAAUUAAGACGUGGUUUAGAUGGGAAACUCUCUGACAUUUCAAAUGGAGAUGACAAAAUGCCAAAGCAACCUCAUUUUGUAAGUUCUAUCUCCCAACGAGACCAAAGAGAAAGUUCGUGUUUGCGUGGAGGCCAAUCACAGCGUGAGUUUGCUGGCACUGAACUGUCUUCUACCAUGGGUGAAACGAAUGCAAAUCAUCAAGUAACCAGCGGUUUGUCAAGUUCCUUCGCGGCUGGAAACGACAAAGAGGAUUUAAUCGCUACGUCGUUAAGGUCUUUACCGUCAGGAAGGUCGACUACGUAUAAGAAUGAGGAAACUGAAAGAUCUCUUUCCAAAGAAACACCUUUCGGGAAGAUUUCAAGACAGUCAAGAGAACCAGUUAAACAGCUUCAAGAGAGCGUUUCAGAGGAAAAGCGGCGACACAGGGAGCAAGUUCUGGCCACGAAAACCUCACGAAAAAAUCAACCGUCUUCGACGAAGACGCAUUUACACGCUUUGACGGCUCUAAUAAGAUCUAGCUCUAGAAACGCUGGUGCAGCGUGCAGUGAGGAAGAUUAG